GAGCGGGGCAAGGGAUGCGGGAUGGCGGCGCUGGGGGCGCUGGUAAAGAAGGCGUGGAGCGUGCGGAGAGCUUUGGUGCUGCUGGGAGCGCCGCUGGCGCUGCUGCCCGUGCUGCUCAGCCUGCCCGCUAAGGAAGGAAGAUGUCUCUACGUGAUCCUACUGAUGGCACUGUAUUGGUGCACGGAGGCACUGCCCCUGGCUGUGACAGCUCUGCUGCCCAUCGUCCUCUUUCCCUUCCUGGGCAUCCUCCCAUCUAACAAAGUUUGCCCGCAGUAUUUUUUAGACACCAAUUUCCUCUUUCUCAGUGGUUUGAUCAUGGCGUCGGCCAUCGAGGAGUGGAAUUUGCACCGCAGGAUCGCACUCCGGGUGCUGAUGUGUGUGGGAGUGCAGCCAGCCAGACUAAUUUUAGGGAUGAUGUUGACAACGUCUUUCCUGUCUAUGUGGUUAAGUAACACUGCUUCCACUGCUAUGAUGCUUCCAAUUGCAAAUGCAAUUUUGAAAAGCCUCUUUGGGGAGAAAGACACAUCUAAGGAUAUGAGCAGGGAAAAUGAAGAAACACAAGCACCUUUACAGCAGAAUAAACUUUACACUGUACCAACUGAGAUGCAGUUUCUGGCAAGUACUGAGGACAAAGAUCUGGCGGAGGAGAAGGAGAUAACCAGCGACGCUCUCUCAGACUUAAAGAAGGAGGAAGAAUACAAAACAAAUAUAUGGAAAGGCUUCCUCAUCUCCAUCCCAUAUGCUGCCAGCAUUGGGGGUACAGCAACGCUGACGGGAACCGCACCAAACCUCAUCCUCCUGGGUCAGCUGAAGAGUUAUUUUCCAGAAUGUGAUGUGGUGAACUUUGGUUCUUGGUUUAUGUUUGCAUUUCCUUUAAUGCUGAUUUUUCUUCUCAUGGGAUGGCUAUGGAUCUCCAUCCUGUACGGAGGAAUUAAUCUGAGGGGCUGGAGAGCAAAAAAAUCAAAUCUAAGAGUGGAUGCAGAAGCCCGAGCCAGAGAAGUGAUAAAGGAGGACUACCAGAAACUGGGGCCAACUAAGUUUGCAGAACAGGCAAUUUUUUUCUUCUUCUGCAUGUUUGCUGUCAUGCUUUUCUCCAGGGAUCCCAAAUUCAUUCCAGGCUGGGCCAGCUUGUUUGCACCAGGGUUUAUCUCCGAUGCUGUUACAGGAAUCACCAUUGUGAUCAUACUGUUCUUCUUCCCAUCACAAAAACCUUCCCUCAGGUGGUGGUUUGAUUUCAAAGCACCAAACACUGAGACGCAGCCCUUGCUGACAUGGAGGAAGGCCCAGGAAACGGUGCCCUGGAACAUUAUCCUGCUGCUCGGAGGGGGCUUCGCCAUGGCAAAAGGCUGUGAGGAGUCUGGUCUGUCUGUCUGGAUAGGAGGCCGCCUGCACCCCCUGGAGGGCGUACCCCCACCUGUGGCUGUCAUCCUCAUCACGAUUGUCAUCGCCUUAUUCACAGAGUUUGCCAGCAAUACGGCCACUAUUAUCAUCUUCCUGCCUGUCCUGGCGGAGCUGGCCAUUCGUCUGAAAGUCAAUCCACUCUAUUUAAUGAUACCAGGAACGAUAGGAUGCUCCUACGCAUUCAUGCUGCCAGUCUCAACACCUCCUAAUUCAAUUGCAUUUUCUUCUGGACACUUGAUGGUCAAGGAUAUGGCAAGAACUGGUUUGCUCAUGAAUCUUAUGGGAGUUCUCCUUCUUAGCUUGGCUAUGAACACAUGGGCCAAGAGUAUCUUCCAGCUGGGGACCUUCCCUGCGUGGGCUAACAUCCAUGCAGAAAAUGCCACAUCACUCUUGCCAGCUGUAGAAAAUGUCACUUUAAGUGCACUAAAUAAAAUAUGAACAAAGCUACCCCAGGGGAAGGACUCACUCACUUAGGACUCGGGCACUGGAAUCGUCAGCAUAUGCACAGGAAGAAAGCCACGUGUCUGCCCACACUGUAUGAGACCCUUGGGUUUCAUUUUAUUUUUAGAAAUACUGGUCAGUGUUGCGGCAUCCAUUGGUUAUUUUCUCUGAAGAUCCUUUCCCCACCUUCCACAGGUACCUAUCAGAUACUCCCAGAGAAUUUCAUCUGUUCAUCAUAGCUGGUUGUUACCUGGACAACCCUGUAAGCAUUGAGCAUCUUUGGGGAGAUGCCUCUCCCCCCAUGAAAGCUAGUGAGCUUUGCUGCUCCAGCUUCUGAUACCCUUCCUCGUUUUGGAGAGCAGCUCAGGAUGGAUUUAUGUGCAACCCAACGUGAGUGAGUGUAUCAGAAUCUGGCCCAGGGAGAAGGCAGCGUGGGCUUCUGGCAGGACUGUGGAGGCUGGGGGCUCUUUGUGAUCUCAUGAGUAAUUCUCUCAUGUAGGAUGAAGAGUAUUUCUUCAGGCUUGUGCAUGAAAGGAUGAUUCAGGAGAUGUGUCGAUAGGACUCGGUGUGUUACUCCAUGCUUUGGAAACAGGAAGGCAACAGUUUUGUUUCCAAACAUGUCCGAUGGUUUGAAAACCUGGUUUUCAGCUGCUGCCUGGUUCUCGGCACUGAGUGCACAGAUGGAGGUUUGGGGCCAAAUUUGUUUCUGAUGUAACUGUGUGGACAUCAGUGGUGUUUCAACUUUGGUGAAUGUGGCCAGUCUUAGGUUUGUGAGACUGACCCACUUGUGAGUGCCCGCUGAGGUCGGUGGGCAAACUGCACUGCAGUACCACUGACAUGGCUGAAAAGUAGGCUUUGAUUCUUAACAUCUUUGUAUUUCUGAUUGCUUGGGUACUUUCAAUGAAAGCACUGCAGAUUGACUGUGAUUUUAAUCAUCAUUUUAUCCUU